GUAUUUGAGAACGUUGCCGCGAUGCGCGAGUUCGACGUCGUGAUCUUCGGUGCGUCGGGGUACACGGGCCAGCACAUUGCUGUGGAAUGGGCCAAGACGUAUGGAAGUACGACGAAGUGGGCUUUAGCUGGCCGGAGCAAGGAAAAACUGGAGGGUAGUCUGUACACAUCUGUCAAGUCGUCACCGAAAUACCCUCUACUUGUCAGGAACAAAGACGUUGAUCAUGAACAAGGUGCCUGACACGAAAGACAUACCAAUUCUGAUCGCCAAUGCCCUUGAUGAACUCUCGUUGAAGGCGAUGUGCGAAUCGGCAACACUUGUGAUCAACUGCACAGGCCCCUUUCGGCGGUUUGGUGAGCCCGUCGUGAAGAGCUGUGUGGUGGCGGGCACGCAUUAUGUGGACAUUUCUGGCGAGCCUCAGUUCAUUGAGACGAUGAUGCUGCGAUAUGGUGACGACGCGAAAAAGAAUGCGAGCGUCGUCGUGAGUGCGUGUGGCUUUGACAGUAUUCCGUCGGACAUGGGCACGAUCUUCACCACGCAACAGUUUCCCAACGGUGGAGCAUGUAGCAGCAUCGAAGCCUUCAUCUCGUCGGAUGGAAAACGAGCCCAUGCCACCACGUACGAGUGCAUUGUGCUGGGUCUGGCAGCAGUCGACGAACUGAAGCAACUCCGGCGCAAUGUGACAACGGUUUCGUAUAUGGGACCGAAACUGAAAUUGCAAACGGUCGGGUACGACGAGCGAGUGCAGAAAUACGUGGUCAAGUUCCCCGGCGCCGAUGCAUCCAUUGUACGCAACAGCCAGCGGUACUUAGCAAAGAAGAACGGCACGACCCCCGUGCGCUUUGCCAUUUACGCGACCUUUGCAAGUGUUUGGACGUUCGCGUUGCUGUUCAUGGGUGGAGUGCUUCUUUUCGUCCUGGGCAAAUUCGAAGCAGGACGGUCGCUGUUGAUUCAAUACCCGCACGUGUUUACAUUUGGAUAUUUCAGCCAUGAAGGCCCGACCGACGAGGAACUCUCGACAACAACGUUUGACGUGCGUUUUUUUGGCAAGGGGUACAAAACCCUUGCGACGAGUGGGGGGCGUCCCGACUGGCAGGUCGUCACCAGUGUCCACGGCCCAGAGCCAGGCUACGUUGCGACGUCUCGAAUGGUCACGCGCUGUGCCAAAGUCAUCCUGGACGGCCAUGUCGUGGACCGCGGCGUGCUCACGACAGCGUCGGCAUUUGCCAAUACUCCACUCAUUUCAGAAUUGAACCAAGCUGGCAUUACAUUUCGUGUCGUGUGUGCUGGGCCAGUGUAGGCAGCCUGCCUACUUGUCGGAGAGCGGGUUGUGGUUGACUAAUAAAUGGUUGUGCACGCCCAGACUCAUGCACUUGAGGAA